CUCCUCCUCUCCCCCUCCUCCUUUUGUUCGGUCGCAGGAAAAUCACACUCCUCUCUUCGGAAAAUCACAAACCUCUCAUCAGAAGAUGCAAAAAUCUGCUCUACCCAAAUCAUGGCAGAAAAACACAAAAAAAACCCUAUGGAAAAAAUGCACAUAUCUAUUUCAUCAGAAAAAGUACAUGGAUUAAAAAACCACCUCUGUUACCGAAAAAACGCACGAAAAAAAUGCACAAGUCCGUCGUUGAUUUGCACCAUCCUCCACCAUUCUAUUUCUUUUCCAUCCCACUUUAAUCCUCACCCCACCCAUUCAAAAAACCACCACCUUUGCCAUCGGAGUAAACAUCUCCACCUAAGCCACUGAAAAAAACAGUCGAUCGAGAAAUCGUAACCAAAAAUUAAACGAGAAAUAUUCGAGAAAGGAAAGUGUUCGUGGGUGUGAUGGCACAGGUCGAUGACGGUGCAGAUCCAAACCAACGAUGGCGGAUUCGAAUGUGGUUAGAGGGCAGAUCGACGACAUUAGAGGGAAGAUUGAUGGUGUAGAUCGAUGGAGCCGACAUUUGGUGGUGUAGAUCGAUGGAGUAGAUGUUCGAUGUUGAAGAUCGACCGAGUAAGAGGGCAGAUCGACAACGUUUGAAGUUUUCCGACGACGUUCAGAGACAGUCAAUGGUGCUUAUCAAUGGUGUUGAUGGUUGAUAGUGUAGAUCGGCGGCUUUAGGCUGCAUAUCGACGACGUACAGUGUUUUCCGACGACGGUUAGCGUUUUCCUACCUGGUCCGGUAGCCUAGUGAGUUUUUUUACAUUGGUUUAGAGAAGGGAGAGGGAGAUAGAAUAAAUAAUAGAUAAAUCUGAUUAGGUUUACAAGUGGGUAGGUUGAGGGUGAGUGUUGAACUAUUUAAUUUCUUUACUUUAUUAUUUAAAUAAAAUAUAAAUUAAUAAAUAAAUAACAAUUUAAUUAAAAAAAACAAAAUAAGGGCAAUAUAGUCUUAUUAAGUCUGGUAGGGACCGAAGAUGCAACAAAAAUAUAAAGUAGAGACGGUCCGAACUAAAAAAAAAUUGUUAGGGACCAAACAUACAGAUUGCCCUAAACUAGAGGGACCAUCUAUGUAAUUUACCCUAGAUUAUAUAUGUAAUUACGUUUUUAAACUUUAGAGACCCUACAAAUGAACAUGGACAAACAUAUGUCCAAAAGAGAAAAAUGGACGGAAAAACCAUUUAACGUAUUAACCAGAAGACAUCAUGUGUCCAAUCCAUUACUCUUGUAUUAGAAUAAAUAGUAUUAGAAUAAAUAGAUAAAGGACUUUGUGUCAUUUUCUUUUUAUUAACUAACAAUGUAUUGGAUGUGCCUUGAGCCAGGAUCUUUUGUGUGAACUUCUACAUAUCAACAAUAAGUAGGUUCUAUUAUAGAUAUAUACAAUAUAAAUAUGUUGAUAAUGAAUAUAAGUUGCAUACUGUAGUUAUUAAUAAAAGUUGCAUAUUGUGGGUAUUACCGUUAAAUAUCAAUAGAUUAUUAUUAUUGUAAGGUAUCUACCUGAUACCUUAUGCAACCUUGUUGCCGAAGGAAGGAAACUGAACAGAGAACAGGAAGGAAGAAGAGAACAAGACAAAACAGGGGAAUAGGAAAAAACGAGAAUAAGAACUUUAGCCUACUGAUUAUACCUAGUUCACCAAGGUACAUGUGAGAUAGUCAACCACAAAGCACACGAAGGAACAGCGGAAAAACAGGAGACCAAAUAUAUUCUGGAAGAAUAUCUUUUAAUUGCAAAACUUACGACUUAAAACUUAAAUUUAGAUUAAAAAUUAGUUGUAUGAGUUAAAAAAAAAUGUUGUAUGAGUUAAAUAGGUUACUAAUAUGAUUAUCUUUAGUUGAUGUUUUCUAAAAAAAAUAAGAAACAAGAAAAGUUGUAUGAGUUAAAUAUGUUGCUUGUGAUCAUCUUUACUUGAUGUUUUCUAUUUUCAGAUAUUUUCAACGUCUACAUAGAUACAAAUAAACAUUUUCAAAAUAAAACAUAAAAACGAUUACAAACAUUAUAUACACGACCUGGGCUCCAUCACUCUUUCUAGGACGAAGAUCACUAGGAAGAAGAUCACCAUUUUGUUUGUGACUAAUGAAUGCGAAACUCCAUUAAUAGUCUUCUACGUUUAUUUCUUCUUCAUCCAUAUUAACUAUCCACCUCGUCCUCCGCUCCUACAUGGAACCUCAGCCAUCCACCUUGUCCUCCAUGGAAUCGUCACAACCAUGCCGCAUCUUUGAAUUUCAUGAGAUUCUGUCAGCAACUGAUAACUUUGACGAAUCCUUAGUUAUUGGGCAUGGGGGAUUUGGAAAAGUUUACAAGGGUAAUGUUUUCAAAGGAUCAAGUCAUGUUGUUGCUGCCAUUAAACGGUUGGAUUCCAUGUCCAGCCAGGGGGAAGCAGAGUUUUGGGCAGAAAUUGAAAUGCUAUGCAAAUUCCGUCACUGUAACCUUGUUUCUUUGUUUGGUUAUUGUAAUCAUGAAAAAGAGAUGAUCCUGGUAUAUGAAUACAUGCCAAAUGGAACACUGGAAGACCACCUCCAUAAACUCGAUACAGGUCUUUCAUGGCUUCAGCGACUCAAGAUCUGUAUAGGCGCUGCUCGCGGUUUAGACUACCUUCACACAGGUACUGGGAUUGAAUUGGGUGUUAUACAUCGUGAUAUCAAGACCUCAAAUAUCUUGUUACAUGAAAGCUGGGCUGCUAAAAUUUCUGAUUUCGGGUUGUCCAAGAUAGGCCCAACAAAUCAGCCGGCUACUUAUGUCAACACACUUGUUAAAGGAACCUUUGGGUAUCUCGAUCCAAAUUAUUUCACAACUGGAAAGCUGACUAGGAAGUCUGACGUGUAUGCUUUUGGGGUGGUAUUGCUGGAAGUGUUGUGUCGGAAGCGUGCGGUGGAUAGAAGUCUUGAUGAGGGUUUAGUGACAUGGGCUCAAGAUUCAAUCAAAAACGGCAAUUUGAAAGAUAUAAUUGAUUCUGAUAUAAGGGCUCAGAUAUCUACAAAAUGUUUGAAGGAGUUUGUUCGAAUUGCAGAGAGAUGUUUGCUCAACAGUCCAAAACAGCGCCCAACAAUGGCUAAGGUUGUUGUCAGUCUUGAUUCUGUACUGACUUUACAAGAGAAAGCCAAUGGUUCCUUGCAGGUUGCGGGCAAAACAAUGUUUGGAAGAAUGUUUGAUAUGUUUCCCUUCCCUUCCAACAGAGAUAACUCUGGUAUUUCAAACUCAUGUUGAAUUCUUUGUAUACAUUCUUAAU